UGGUCAGAGAACACGUUGCAGCUCUGCAUUAAUUUCUUCAUUGACUGUGGGACAUUUUAUUAUUUAUUUACUUUUGGAACCAAACUAAACAUUAAAUAUUUAUUCCUGUAUCCUUGAGAUACAAUUCAUCUGGAGGGUGAAAGGGCAGAAUAUUGGAACAACUGAAAGGUAUGAGCUGCUGUUAGUUACCAAGGAGGAACCAAUCUGACAAACAAGAAGAAGUAGAAAAGACUCCAUACUGUUUGCAGCAUUCUGAAGGGUGUUACUGUAUCAAACCAACGUUCUACAGAUAUCAACCGGAACCAAACUAUUCUGACAAUUAUCUCAGUAGAUUUGACUGACGUCAGGAGAGAUGAGAGGUAUGUUUUCCCACCCUGCAGUCCUGUUCCUGUGGAUUCAGAGUGCUAGCGGAUGGAUGCAUCCCAAAUGCCAGAUUUAUGACAGUGGUGAAGACUUGGGAGACUUUGCCACCUGGACCUGCACCUACCUACGUCAUCAUGAAGAACAUUACACUGCUGCCUGUGAAGAUGUUACAGCCAUCGAGGAAGAUCUACUUGGACUUCCCCCUAAUAUCAAUAACCUCUGCAUAACUAUGACACAUGGCGAAAAUAGAUCCAUGUCUCUUGGCUUUUUCUCUCAGUUUCAGGAUCUGGAGUACCUGUACAUUGACGGCUGUUUUGCUCAAAUCCUUCCAACUGGGAAUAGCCACCUUCCAAAUCUGGAACACAUGUACUUGAUAGGUAAAUGGGGAAUGGGCUCUGGGUGCUGCGAUUGUCAUAUUGGGCCUCAUACAUUCAGAGAUCUAGUUAAGUUAAGUCAUUUGACCAUACAGGGUUACAGGUUAAGAGCAAUGGCCCCAGAUGUUUUCCAUGGCAUCCCUCAGUUACAAAGAUUCAGCAUUAGUGAACCCUGUGAAGAGGAUUUGUCAGAGAUACUAUGCAGAAUAAUGAAUAUAAAGUCACUUAUAGAGAUAACUGUAAACGCACUAGUGAUAAAAUCGUUAAACCAAUCAAACUGCUCCAACAACAAUCAAAACGUGACAUCUGUAUUUAACAAUCUAACAAGAGUUGACUUAUUAUUUGAUGAAAUAACACAUAUAGAGGAAGGUGCAAUGGCUUGGCUCCAGAACCUGACAAUUUUAAAUGCGGCUUUCAGCCAGGAAGUCCUACUGCGCCUUCCCCUUUCUGGGAUUAAGCAAAUUGUCACACCCUGCUGA